UGCGCUAAUUUAUUCAUUGAGCGGCAAAUGCACCUUGAAUUGAAUUGGACUUCUGUUUGUGUCGUUUAGCGCUUAAUACUCAUUUUUUUGCGAGCUUCGUCUAAUACGUAACUUGAAAGUAGAUUCUAGUUUGUGAAGGAAGCCGAUCUAAUACAGAGAAAUGAAGAAAGUCGUGGUUUUCGGAUCAACCGGUAUGACCGGCAUUUGCGCCGUGGAAGCGGCGUUAAAAAAAGGUCUCGAAGUCCGUGCCUUCGUUCGCGAUCCGUCUCUCUUACCAGAGAACCUGAAGAGUCAGGUGGAAAUCAUCAAAGGUGAUGUCCUGGAACCGGAUUCAGUAACGCAUGCGGUCGAAGGUACCGAUGGAGUGGUCAUCGCUCUCGGUACACGAGGCAAUUUAGAGCCAACCUCUGAUAUGUCAGAGGGUACGAAGAAUAUAAUAGAGGCUAUGAGGGCGAAGCAUGUCAAGAACGUGUCUGCGUGUAUAUCGGCUUUCUUGUUCUACGAGCCGGAGAAGGUUCCUCCAAUAUUCGCGAAUGUCACGAAAGACCAUAAGAGGAUGUACGAUGAGCUUCAGGAGAGUGGACUCAACUGGGUUGCUGUCUUCCCACCUCAUAUAUCAGAUGACCCCAGCCGAGAUAUAAUCGUCGAGGUCAACCCGAAAUCGUCGCCCGGUCGAACUAUUUCGAAGCACGACCUCGGCAAGUUCCUAGUCGACGCUCUGUCAGAGGAUAAAUACUACAAGUCCGUGAUAGGCCUCUGCAAUGUACCGAAACAGUGAUCUAGGGGAGGGCCAUGUAAACGCGACUUUACAUCAGUUACGACGUAUGUGAAUACCGCUUUAUUAGCUGUUACAAAAGAUUUUACUAUUAUCUGUUACAAAAAUUUAAAAAAGUUCUUACUGUA